CUGUAGGGGGUCACAGCGGGUAAUUUGAAUGUCCAAUUUCGUUUAACGCCCAGAGAAAGUAAUCAUGAAGGCAAUAGCAGCUAUCUUUCUGUUGGUCACUUUAACUAGCACUAUUAAUGAUGUAUCCGGUCAAGGCAUCAUCAUCGAUGCCGCCAUGAGAAGAAUUCUCGAAAACUUGAGAGUGUUGAUGCGUACCGGAAAUCCCGAGUCCGGAUUUCCAGUUUUGGCGCCAUUCUUCCAUCCAGAUGCUCAUGUUAACGUUUCCUUUGGAGGACUUUUUGAUUUGGACGCCCGUUUCUUCCCUUUCCAUAUGACCGGAUUGGAUGAAUUUGUGGGAAGGCUGCAGGUGGAUCUUUCCAACUUGCAGAACAUUCGAUUUCCGUUCGAGUUUCGUUACAACGAUGAAAUCCAGAUGCAUGGAUUCUACGAUAUGAUUGGACGCAUGUAUGGACUGAUUCCGAUUUUCGGUUUCGGUGACUUCCGGAUUCGACCGAGGGGUGUUCUGCUAACCGGAUGGGCCAACGUCAUGGACAAUGGUGAAGGAUUUUUGACGCUGAGCGACUUUUCGAUUAGUCUGCAAAUGGAUUCGUUGGAGAGUAAUAUUCAAGGCUUAUUGCUAGGAGGAGACCUGUCCGAUCUGUUGAACGUUGUGAUCGAAGAUAUUGUUCCAUCGAUGUUGAGAAGAUUCCCCGAAGGAAUGACCCAGCUGCUGACAACUUUGGUAACACCGAUGGCCAAUCGAUUCCUGGCCACUAGAAGAAUGGAGGAUCUGAUGGCUCUAUUGUUCCCAAGAGGUUGAUUUUCAUUGUACCUACUUAACACUGAUAAACAGUUGUCCAGCAGUUGAAUUUUUAUCUACAGAGAAUAAACCUUUUAUCUGAUAACAGCCUCCA